UUGUGGUGGGUAACUUGUACUUUGGACUGAUACUUAACUGUGAUAAUUGGAAUUUAUAUGAUAUUGGUAUAACAUUUGGCAUAUCUUACUGUGAAGUUAAAUGGGUCACCUAAAUUGUUGAGAUCGAAGGAGAGCUUUGUAAAGGAUGUAAUUUGUAAAUGAAAUAUGUAUAUGUUAUUUUUUCUGUCAAGUGAAAUGAUUAACCGUUGUAUGAUCGUGUUUUCAUCGUAGACUAGAAAAUGCCAUUUUCAUCUGUACUGCCUGCGUCUACCACUACCAGUACUAUUAGUACGACAAAUUUCAAUGGAACCGAUUGCCAAGAUGCUAAACAAACAUGCAUGGAUGAGGAAGAGAAGAAAAUAUUAGAAGCAGAACAUGUGUUUGUAUUAAUGAAAAAGGAAUAUCGUAUAUCUCGCAACAUUCGAGCCCAGUGGUAUUUUGGUCAUUUAAACAAAACAAUUAAUGUUUUACCAAGGAAGAAUUUGGCUGAGUUCACAGAAGAAAUUGGGGUAGUUUCUGUCCUCCCAAAGACAUGUCCUGAAGAUUGGAACCCUGAAGAAAGUCACAAAUACCAGUAUCGUGUCACACCCUUCACGAGAACGAUGUUUUUUGCACGUCAGUAUCGUGUUGUGUUUUGCUUGGAUCUGAGCUCAUCAGUUGGUACAGUGGAUAUACAGCAUGGAAGUAUCUUGUUUGAUGAGAUCUAUCAAGUACUUAGAAAAUGUACAAAAGGAGCAGUAAAACCGUUUGAGAUUCCUGGUAGUGGAUUCCUCUUCAGACCUAACAUCUAUGUUACUGUUAUUGCCCAUAUGCCAUUCUACAGAUCAGGAGUUAAUCAAACAGAAAAAGACAAUACAAAAGAUGUGGUUGUGGGGGAUGCAUCUGAUAACUGUAAACAUCAAAUGACAAUAGCUCCAGACAUAAAUACAGUAGACAUGCUUCGUUAUGGCAUUCUAGCUUUACAGUUACUUCCAGAGAACAGUGGUGCUGGUGAGAUUGAGGUGAGACUUGUGCUACCCUGGAAGUCAAACAUUAUAUUAGAGUAUGUAAUUCUUGCAGCAUGGCCACCUCGAUCUAAAAAUGAAAGUGGUCAUCCAUCUUGUUCUCCAGCUCAACCUGAAAGUUGCCAUUGUGAACUGAUUGUUGAAGGAAGCUAUGACUUCCUUCACGAUGUCACAUGUGUUAAGAAGCCUAUCAAGAGUUUCUACAGAGAAGCUGUUGUGUGUAACUUUUGGAACACAUUGAAAAACCUUUCUCAUACAGAUCAACUUUUGGCUCACCUUCAUUCAUUCACACACAACCCAGUGUUUUAUACUAUUCCAGACAGCAUAAAAAAUGGGGUUCCUCUGUUCUGCUUACCACCAAACGCAUCCAAACCCAUUUUAUUCUCCAAGAAUUCAUCACAUACACAAUUUGCUUCAUUUUGGAGACCUAUUUGCAUGCUGGAUAUUAAUGUUUGGCAGAAAUGGAUGCAUACUCAUCGUAUUGGACUAGUCUUACAACAUGAUGAGCCUUUACCCAAGAAUGUUCAUCUUCCCAAUUCUAGUGGUCGAUAUGGUCAGGUCCAAAGUCGUCAAGCGCUGACAUUGGUGGAUGCACUUUUACGUGACCACAGUUCUUUUGUACUGAUUGAAAAUCAUUCCUACAUUAAGUUUUUGUUUGGUGAGUUGGAGAAACCCCCAACAUCUUUCUACAUUAUCAGAGUUAUAUCAAAGGCAUCUUGCAUGGUCAUAAGGCUAGCCUUUCUUGGAGGGACUCCUGGUUAUAAAAGAAACAUGAUUGUAAAUGAACUUCAAGAUAAGCUCUUGAACCUCAAAUUUCCCAAACGUGGAAGAAACAAGGAAGUACAAGUACAGACAGUUGAGAGAGAGGAUUCAUUAAGAACUGGCCACUCAUCGGAAGCUCUCACUCAGUCUAAAAGUUGUUGUGUAUUAUUAAGGAAACCAGUGGAGAAAAUUUUAAUCAGAUAUGAACGUAUGCCAUCAGAUUUCCUCAGCUCUAUUCCAUCAUCAUUAUUAACCAACCAUGGGACGAGAAAGCAAGGAGUGUCCAUACCAGAACAAGCUGUUACAAACAUUUUGACUACACUAAGUCGUUAUUUACAUCAUCAUCGCUGGAUUUGGACAGUUCAGAAUAGUCCUAGCACCCCAUUGCCCUUAGCUGCAGUUGCAAGGAUUCUAUCCACAUUGACAAAGAGAAGACUGCAAGAAAGGUUUCACUUUGGACACUCCUGCUCUGGAAUAAUUAACAUGGUGACUGAGCUGGAUAUGCAGAGUGAAGACCAUGUCUUGAGAGAAACUGACACACAAGUGCACAUCAACAGUGAUGUGGAAAAAGAGACUCAUCCUUGCGUUGUCCAAUACAUUCUUUUUCCACCUUACUCCAACACUAAACUCGUAGAUAGUAUUUCAGAUGAUGAAGAUGGAGAAAUUGAGAUGGCAGAAGCUGAUGGAGAACUUCAGCUGAUUACAGAAUGUUGGGUUGAGCCACAACAUGGAGUUGUGACAAUUCAACUUCCAUACUGUAACUUUCUUCAAGGACUGAACUACCAUAAACUAGUCAAUGCAUUUCAUUUAGUAGAUCUGGAGUGCAUCUCAGCCUUGGUUACUUUUGAACAUUUGUGCUUGAUGUGCCAGAAUAUGAAAGUUCCUUCUCCAAGGUCGGGACCUCUCGGAAUGAAUUCUUCAACUUGUUCGAGUAAAGCAGACCAACAACAGUCCAUUCUCUCAGCAGCAAGGUCCACUCCAGAUGUUAUGUUAUCCCAGAUUUCAAUCUUAAACCACAAACCUGAACCAACUAUUACACAGGUGCCCUUUAGUUUUGACUUGCUUAAUUUACUUCCCAAAUGUCAGCAAGCAGAACUUCUGUUUUCCACACUUAUUCAAGAUAUUAACAGUCCAGAUAAUGAUGAUACUGAAGAGAAAGACAUUUCCAAUAUAAUAUUGUUUCAUUUUCUUAUGGAAAACCUAAAGAAGAUCCAUGAUAGAGAAAUUAUUUUGGGGCCAAGAGAAAUUGAACAACUUCCUAGGAAAAUUUUUGAAAGAGAAAGGGAUCCAAAAGCACCUAGCAUACCUUUUCUUUACCAGUGUGGCACAGAUAUUUUUGUUACGGGAGAUAGUAAAGACAGCUCACCAUUGCUAAAACAGGGCUGUCAGAAUGGGCAAUAUACCUUAAAAGAUGAUUACGAUGAUGAUAACAUAGUGAACUGGAGAUGUUUUGCAAAGUAUGCUUCACCACACCAUGUGUUACUUAUUGUAAUUCCUGCUUCUUACAAAGAUCUAAAGAGGCUUAUGUUAACUAAAUUGGAAAUGGAUGAAAGUCAGUUGAGUGCAAGAUCUGUGAGGCUUGUCAAAAAAGUUGUUGAUGCAAAUAGUUCAUCACAGAGAGAUGAAGCUUAUAAGAUUUUUCAGGAUGGAGAAACCAAAGAGGAUGUUGAAGGUAAAAAUGAGUCAGUAGAUGAUGCAACUCUCCCAUUGCCUGUUGAACACAUGGUGAAAAAUGACAAACCUGAAAAUAUUUCCACAAAUCAAGCAUAUGGUUGUGUCAUAUUGCCAGUCUACAUCUAUGAUUGCCAUCUUGGAUCAGUUAUUAACCAACUCGUUUAUGAAGAAAACUUUAAAAAGUGCCAAGAUAUUUACCAAGACAUGACCUUUAAGAUUGAUGGCUCAUACAGUGAGGCAGAGAGCAUAGGCUUUUCAUGUUAUGAGUCACAACAGAGCCAAAACUCUAAACAGCCAUCACCAGAAUGCAGGUCAGAGGAAGGAGAAACAUAUUCUGACAAAUUAUAUCUUAAAAGGCACUGUAAUCUUGUUGAAGCAGCAUUUUCAAAGAGCUUUGUUUAUGCACUGUUCAGGUGUCUUCAUCAUGGCUACCACCUUGACAAACAAGAUGUGGAAGCAGUUGUGGAUGGAAUCUGCCAGGAAAAUCUACUUGAAGUGGACAUUACUCAUUUUCUGCAGAUGAUCUGUGGGCAUGUAAAAGACUUCAAGGUCAAAGUCUCUAUGGAAGAGACCCACAAGUCAUUUGAAAAGAGUUCCAGCAAAAAAAGUUUGGAGCAGGAUAGAGACAAUAAAGAUGGAGAUGCUAGUAUGAUACGGGAAGGAGAAAGUUGGAGGAAAGAUUUUCCUUUGGACCUUCUGCGACGCCAUCAUCCUUGUGAACCUCUCCAACAACUUCAUUCAAGCAUUAAACAGAAAUUCACCAAAGUCUUUCAGACUUUCUUCCAUCCCAUUCCCUCACUUCCAGACUUUUAUUUUUUCAACUUUUCAGAACAGCAGGUGCACCAGGUUGAAUAUAACGAAGAGGCUGAAGGUAUAAAUGAACUAUCAGAUGAUGAUGAAAAUGCAGAGAAGAGUGAAACAGAGGCAGAUUCUCAGAUGGAACAUGUCAGAUUUGUGCCUGAUCAAGAACUGAAUGAUUUUCCAACUAAAGAUGGUGAAGCACCCUCUUGUGAGGAAGCUAGCAGUUUGUCAGAGGACACAAGUGUUGGUAGGCAGUCUGUCUUAUCUUCACUUGAAGAUGAAGAUGAGAUGAAUAAUCGGCAGAAUCUAGGACUCUCUAUUCCACCACUUUUUGUUCAUUUGACGUGCUCAGUGCGAACAAAUCAUAAUGUUGGAAACUGUUCCUUAAAAUCUCUGCCUACCUGUCUUGGGGAAGUGAUUUCUUCAUUAGAGGAGCCUGGUACCAAUAUUGAUCUGGAUGAUCUUCAGAUAACACUUGAUGUGUUGUGUUUGACUUUACAUCCUGAAGUGGAGGAGCUGGUAGAAUCAGAUAAAACUGUACGUACAGUGUCCUAUUGUAGCACCUCACCAAUGCCAGAGUCUGAACCUUUGAAAUCUAUUGAUGAAGAUGAGGAUGACUUGUCAGCAUCUCAUUCAGACAUACAGACAGAGAUUGCAUGCCACCAACUUAGUCAUCUGCCAAGUUUUCAACAAGAGACAGUGAAAAUGUGUAUUCAAAGGAUUGAGUGGAUGUUUCAAGAUGAAAUAGCAUCAGCAGCUCUUGAUACUUUUCCCAUUAUGCCUUCAACAUUGGAUUUUGUUGUAAAUCAUGUUGAGAAUUCAAGGAGUUUCCUAACUUGUUUGAAGGAUGAAGUACCUCUUCAUUUUGUUUUUGGUCCAGAUCUGAGUUUAGAUAAGUUUAUUCAG